GAAAAGCCGGAUGUAUGCAAAGCGCAGUCCCCUUAGAAAAUUAUUGUGGAAUAAAUCAAUCGGGAAUAUAUAAUGAAUGGAUCUUUCCUGAACGAAGUCAUUCAGCGCUAAAGCUUUGCAACAGUGAAGUCCCUAUAAUUAAAUCGCAGCACUUCACCAAGACCAAUAGAUGUGCUAAAAGUGUUAAAUCUUAGUAAAUGUAGAAAAUAUUCAAUUGUUGCAAAAACAAUGGAGAACACGACUUUAUUAAGUGAUAUAAAAUGUUUGAACAGUUGCCUAGAUUUACCCGGCUGUGUUACGGGCGAAAUGUGCAAGCGAUACAUAGAGAACGUAUACAUUUUCCCAAAUUUUGUGGAGUGGAUUUACAUUGGUCUGUAUAUAAUUCUCUUCUGUAGUGGAUUAAUUGGAAACACAUUGGUCUGUUAUGUUAUUUAUACGUGUCAUCAUAUGCAGACUUUUGUCAACAUGUUUAUCUUUAACCUCGCCGUUGCUGAUUUCCUUGUCAUCCUCGUGUGCCUUCCCUCCACAAUGAUGGCCGAUGUCACAGAAACUUGGUAUCUUGGAGAAACCAUGUGCAAGGUUGUUCCAUUCUUGCAAACAACUUCUGUGACGGUGUCAGUACUUACACUGUCGGCAAUAUCGGUGGAGCGAUACUUCGCCAUCUGUAAACCGUGGACACGGAGACUCUCCAGACGAUUCAUUCUGAGAAUCAUUAUCGCUAUCUGGUUUAUCGGAAUUGUUGUUUCCAUACCGGACCUGGUCUACUAUUCCGUCACUACCACGUUCCAAGAAAGCGUCACCUUCUAUCUCCGUUACUGCAGCCGUCGAUGGACAGUCCGAGACAAUAUGAUCUAUAACUUGGUUAUUUUGAUAGUGUUGUAUUCCAUCCCAAUAUGCCUGAUGGCCUACACAUACGCAAUUAUUUCGAAACAACUUUGGCGGAAAGAUCUUCCUGGGAUUGUUGAAGCAGAACAUCGUCCAAUGAACAAAAUGGUGUCAUCUGGACCAGAAAGUCAACUUCGAUCCCGACAAAGAGCGGCAAAAAUGCUUAUUGCUAUUGUUGUGGUGUUUGCUGUGUGUUAUUUGCCAGUCCAUGUGUUAAAUUUAACAAGGUACACAGCAUCGUUUGGUGAAAUCCCAGCCAAAUGGAUAUCGAUCAUAGUACUCACCUCGCAUAUCCUUUGCUAUGCUAACAGUGUGGUGAACCCUUUCAUCUACAACUUCAUGAGCGCAAAAUUUCGGAAGGAGUUCCAGUCGGUGCUACGCCUCUCCAGGUGUAAAUGUACCAGUAAAAAAAUUCGAGUACCGUCGGUUAUGACGUCAUCAAAGAACAAAAGUUCCCUUCCCAGAACCGAAAGAUACGAAAUGAACACUGUAUCAUCAAAGCAGAGCUGGAGCAAAGCGUCGUCGAUAAGGAAGGCACAAAAUCCCCAAGAGAAAUAUGGAUGAAAUUUAAUAUACAACUCAGAUUCUUCGAAAGCAUAAUUGGUUCAAGAUUGCAAUGAUAAUAAUGAUUGAUGAUUUAACCCGAUUAUUUUGUCAACUUCUCCGUAGUAACGGAGAAUCAUAUGGAUGGAUAUCGUUCGUGACGUCCAAAGAAAUGUGAAUUUUGAUAUAACCAUGUGAUCCUUUAGAUUGAUUCGUUUGUAUGACAGUGUGUUGGAAACUAGCUCUAUUUAUUCAAGGAAUAUAUGUAUGUAGGUCACCAUGAAAUAUUAGUGUCUGUUAAAUAGAGGACUUACACUAUAUUGAUAUCAUGUAAAUAAUAAAAAUCAUCGUUGA